AUGAAGCCUUACGGCGCGAUGCACCAAAGCCAUGUCCGCCAAGCGCGGGGCGCCUCUCACACCGACGACGUCGCCGGCAGCGGCACCGUCGGGCCGCCGGCCUUCGUCUCCGCACUCUACAUCCCCGACGACCCGCUCGACGACGUCAUGCAGUGCCUCGGCGACGGCACGGAGGAUGGCUUCGCCGGCGGCGCGUGGUUCGACGACUUCUGCGGCGGCAGCAUGGACAUGUCGAUGCGCGCCGGGACGGAUUUCCUGAAAAUGCUGCAGGAGCUCCCGGACCCAGAGAAAACGUCCGUCAUUGCCGUCGACGGCUCCAAUGGAACGACGCCGACGCCGACGCCGACAGCAACCGAAACUGCCACCGCUGUGCCGGACAGGCCAGCCGUGGCGACUAACCGCUGGUCCUCGUUGCCGUUCAGCGACCACAUGGACGAUGAUGGGGACGACGACCAAUAUGUGAUGUCGUCGAGCGAUUCCUCGUCGGAGGACGACGACACCGACGCCCAGUGGCACCCAUAUGAGGGCAAGCAGAGUUACGCCGCGAACCGCCGGCAGCCGAAGCAUCAGAGCGGCCCCGCGGCAGAGAGGAAGCAGCAAACGGAAACCGUCGUGCGGCCGGUGGUGCCGCGCAGCGUGGUGAUCACCGUUGACGGCGGAGGCGGUUGCAGGGACAGUCACUGGUGCCGCAACUGCGGCAUCUCGGAGACCCCGCUGUGGCGCGCUGGCCCGCAGGGGCCCAAGACGCUGUGCAACGCGUGCGGUUUGCGGUAUAAGAACAAGCUAGCGGCGCCGCCGACCACUAAGCGCCCCCGGGCGGCGAAACCAAGUAGCGCCAAAAGCAAGAAACACUCCGGCAAGCCGUUGGCGGGCGGUGCGACGGUGGCGAGGAAGAAGCGCAGUGCCGCAAGUCGCGUGGACUGAUUAAACCUGGCGUACGAAAAUUGUGAAACGAACCUAUUCAGACAAUCACCGUAGUAUUAAUUGG